AUGACAUCAAAAAUUGAUAUUGUAAAAGACGAGGCAUUACGAAAAGAAACAACCAUUGGCAAGACCAUAGAUGCCAAACCAAAACAAGCUACUACUGGUAGAGAGAUUAUCUCAUUAUAUUUACAGGGCGAUGCAGUUGCGUCGAUAACCUAUCGUAAGAUAUGCAAUGCACUAGAAGUGCUGCCUAAUUGGGAGCCGGAAGCAAAGGUUCAGUUCCUGGAGCAGUUUCUAAAUAUCAGUGAUCUCUUGGAUAACCGCUGUGCUGGUCUUGUAUCGAAUCUGGCUGUAAGUUGGUUGUUGUUCUUGGCGUGA